UUAUCCAUGACAAAGACGUGUGGGUGCCCCUUCUUUUUCCAUGCUAUAAAAUACUCCACCAUCUCGGUCGAUUCUCUUGGGUCUAAAUCCCUUCCCUCUCUCGCACUGUAUCAAUAUAUCAACAAUGACUGCCCCGAACAGUACCACAUUCCCUCCUCUUUCUGGGCGAUCAUCCAUGACCGAAAACACGCUUGCGGACAUUCAAUUGCCCGAAAGUGGUGUGCCGACAGAAAAGCCGCCCCAGGGGAGCGAUGACGUCCAGACAACAGUAGUCGAAGUUUAUUACCCGUCUGGGUUCCGAUUGGUUGCUGUCGUGGUUGCUGUCGUUGCAAGUAUGUUCCUAGCCGCCCUAGACAUGACCAUCGUUGCAACUGCUAUUCCAAGGAUUACAGAUGAGUUUCAUAGUCUUGACGACGUCGGUUGGUACGGGUCGGCUUUCUUCCUCACUCUGGCGUCCUUCCAGUCCACAUGGGGAAAGGCAUUCAAGUAUUUCUCGCUCAAGUAUGGCGUCCUGCUCAGCAUAGCCAUUUUCGAGCUCGGUAGCUUGAUCUGCGCUGUUGCGCCAAACAGUGUCACGCUCAUCAUAGGCCGGGCAAUUGCGGGUCUCGGUGCAGCUGGCAUUGCAUCGGGUGUAUACACGAUCAUCGCAUUUGCCGCUCCCCCUCAUCGUCGACCGGCGUACACGGGUAUCCUGGGCGCUACCUACGGUGUAGCUUCAGUAGUCGGACCGUUGCUGGGUGGCGUAUUUACAGACCGACUCACCUGGAGAUGGUGCUUCUACAUCAAUCUCCCCAUUGGCGGCUCUGCUGCAGUCAUGAUCUUCCUCUUCUUUCAAACGCCGGAGGCUGCCAAAGCCGUGCAAGCAAGCGCCAAGGAGAAGUUGUUGCAGAUGGAUUUGCUGGGAACGUUCACCAUCAUGGCCGCAGUCAUAUGUUACCUGCUCGCGUUGCAAUGGGGAGGUGUCACCCUGCCAUGGAGCAAUCCGAAUGUCUAUGGGCUACUGAUCGGUUUCGGGCUGCUUGUCAUUAUGUUCGUGGUGCUCGAGUGGAGAAUGGGUGAGAGGUCACUCAUCUUACCCCGUCUCCUGAGGCAGCGAACAGUGGGGAUCGCUUCUGCCUUCAUAUUCUUCCUAGGAGGAGGCUUUUUCCUCCUCGUCUACUAUGUUCCUAUCUAUUUCCAGAGCAUCGACAACGUCUCCGCAUCCGAGAGCGGGGUGCGCAACGUGCCACUCAUUCUCGGAGUGGCGAUCUUCUCCAUCCUCUCAGGGCAUAUCAUCAGCUGGUGGGGCCAUUAUGUGCCUCUGAUGGUCUUCGGUGCCUGCCUCAGCACAAUCGGGGGCGGCUUGCUCUAUACUCUUGAUAUCGGCACCAGCACAGGACAAUGGGUUGGAUAUCAAGUCAUCGCAGGUGUCGGCAUUGGGAUCGCUAUCCAAAUUCCGAUUACCGCUGCUCAAGCUCGAGUACCCAUGUCUGAUCUGGCUCCCGUGACGGCUACCGUGCUCUUUUUCCAGACCAUCGGUGGGGCCUUGUUCAUCUCAGCGGGUCAGAGUAUCUUCACGAAUCAACUGCUGAAGACGGUUGCACGGACGGUACCAAGCAUCAACCCAACGCUUGUCAUCGCGACUGGUGCGACGGACUUGCACUCAGUGUUCUCGGCAGAUGUGCUUCCAGCGAUCCUACACGCAUACAUGGACGGGUUAAAAGACGUAUAUGCGCUGGCUGUCGCUUGUUUGGGCAUAGCGGCCGUCUUCAGCGUCUUCGUAGAAUGGCGGAAUAUCAAGGGCCAAGCGGUGGCAGGUGCGGCUUAACUUUGCGCAUAGACAGACGAUAGCAAUGUAGAACCACGUUCUAUUUGAGUUAUCGACACUAGAGCCUCACGUGUAAGAAUGUAGAAGAUGGCCAACCUAGUUAAUGAGAUAACAG